UUCCUAUCUGUUACGCUGUGUGAGUUUUUUUUGGUAAUUAUGAUGAGGCUACAUCAAGAGGGAGGACGGGCUCAUGACACGGAUGGAUUCAGAUCUUCAGUUUAAAGCCCUGUAUGGGCGCAUUCUGCCUCUGUGUUUUCCACAUACUGUGAGAAAUAAAAGGGAUCCUGGAUGGACCUGGGGGAUAACAGCUGGUCCAUGGUCAAGCGCGAAGUGUCCAGCAGCAGCCCAGGGUCUCCGGCUGAGCAGAGCUACCUGAACACUGACCGCAGGGACCGGCUGAGAUCACCGGCGCCGACGCACCUGGACGCGGUGGGAGCGCGUCGCUCCGAGGGCAGGCCCCUACACUCCUACGUUCACUUUGGCCAUCCCAACAACGCCCUGCCCAAUUCUGACGACGUUACACUCUUCACGGAUUUAGACCAGGGCAACAAACUAAUCAUCCCAGGUGGGCACACCAGGGAGACGCAUAAGGGAGGCUUAAUUGUGGACCCUGCCGACAUGUAUCAGACCCUGGCCAUCGCUGCGGCCCAGAGUCAGGCCGGUUAUAACGACACGCCAUCGGCCGGUUACAUGCACUCCAACCCGAAUUCUCCCGUUUAUGUGCCGACGUCUCGCGUUGGAACGAUGAUACCGAGUUUAUCGUACCUACAACCCAGCGUGUCAUCGCAGCCGAGCCAUGCGGUCAGCAGUCACUCGGUCUGGUCACAGUCCGCCCCAGAGAGCCCGUCCUACAGCACUGGAAGCCCACAUACCUCCAACCGUUUCCACUACUCCCCCAGUCCGCCCAUGAAUAACGGCACAUCGAGGGACACCAGCUACACCAAUCCUCUGAAUGUAAACAGUCGAGACCAGUACCUUUCACGGCCAAUUAGUGGAUCUUACACAAGCCCUUAUCCUCAGUAUGUUGGACCGCAGCUCUCCCAGUUACCGGCGGCGUGGCCCGCGGGGCCCUUCGAGAACUCCAUGCUGCAUUCCCUGCAGUCCAGGAGCGCACCGCUGUCUAUCAGGGGGCCAAACGGAGAUCUGCUCGAGGACAUGAUGGAGAGCCGCGAGUGCGUCAACUGCGGCUCCAUUUCCACCCCGCUGUGGAGACGCGACGGCACGGGUCACUUUCUCUGUAACGCCUGCGGUCUGUACAGCAAAAUGAAUGGACUCAGCCGACCAUUAAUUAAACCUCAGAAGCGUAUGUCGUCUUCAAGGCGGAUUGGCCUGUCCUGCGCGAACUGCCAGACCAGCACUACAACACUGUGGCGCAGAAACGCAGACGGAGAACCCGUGUGCAACGCAUGUGGACUUUACACCAAGUUACACGGGGUGCCCAGACCCCUUGCCAUGAAGAAAGAAGGUAUUCAGACAAGGAAAAGAAAACCUAAAACCUUGAACAAAACAAAGGGAUCAUCUGGAAGUAGUUCUGUCCCCAUGACUCCAACUUCUUCAUCGUCUUCUAAUUCAGAAGAGUGCACAAAGAACAGUCCUUCAUCAACGCAGGUGCCUGUAACAUCAGUCAACUCUUCAACGCUGGUGGGCCAAGUCGAUGUUCCAGGCACGACGGGAUCCAUGGUGAAAUACCCCGGCCAGGAGAGUCUGUACACUAAUGUAGGCCUGACGUCCACAGCUGACGUGGCAACCUCCGUGAGAGGGGACACUUGGUGCCCCAUGGCCUUGGCCUAAACCCUGGCAUUAUGGGAUGGGAGCCAUUUGCUGUCCUUCAGCUCUCUAGAACGUCCCUUAAAAUCUGGCAGGGUGUGGGGUGUCAUCUGUUUCUGGUCUGUGUUAGAGACUUGAUCUGUUCCAAAUACUCCCGUUUUUGUUUGACCCGUGGAAUACUGGACAUCCACGAUGGAGAUUACCUUUUCUACUCUGCACUAGAGGACGACGACUGCUUUAACACGCCUUUGGUACUCUCAGAGCACACCCUGCACCAGGAAUGUUGCUCAGAGGAGUAAGCGGAUCAAAAAAUGAUUUUUUUUGAAAGUAGAGUUGUACAUAUUAAUGCUAACGGAUACUUGGCCCAUCUGGAAACACCAGGUUGUUGAUUGGAUUGUGGUGAUCUGAAGAGAAAAUGGUUGAUCUGUCUGAAACUGGAAUUGAAGAUGAAGUGUCGAGGUGUUCUUUUCGAUGAAUGCAAACAUAUUUAUGAAGCUACGGUUGUUCAAAUAAUGCAUAUAUUUGUCAAUAAAGAUAAUGUCAAAUAGAGUAGGACUGAAGCCUUGCCCUUCCUUUGAUAUCUUUUGUUUCAAGCAUCAUGUUGUUGCAGUGGAUGUUGCUCACUAAUCUGCACACCUAUGUGAAAUUUAAAAGAAAAAAUGAGAAAAAAAAAAAGCUCUUAGAAGACUUCACUGUUUUGUGAUGGUUUAACACAGGGUAUCAAAGAUAACAUGAGACUUGUAGUGUUUUGUUCGAUUACACGUUUUCCUAUCAAAUGAAAAUGGUCUAAUCAAAAUCCAAAGUUUGUUUUUUCGAACCUAUGUGGAGAAAUCCAGCUGGAGUAAAUCAUCAGCAAAGCAUAAAGCAUAAAUAAAACGAACUUUAUAUCUCUGUUAGAACAAACGGCGCUCAGGAUUUCCUUUUCUGUUGCAUUUUUUUUUUGUUACAAUAAAAAACUGCAAAAAAGUUUUGCUGCCAUGAUUUUGGAUGUAAUACUACCUAACCUAUGACACUGAUGUGUGAAUAUCAGUGCAUAUUGCUGUAUAUUUCAGUUUUUUUACUUACAGCGUGAUACACUUCUCUGGUCACUGCUUUAGCUGAUGAAGGAACAAUGUUAAAUCUGGAUCUGGCUUUCACUAUUUGUUGAAUGCUUUAGAGAGUAGUGAAAGUUUCUUGUGAGUUAUCUAAACUAAAAAUAUAAUGCACAAUGACAGUAAUGAAUGAGCUAUCUAAAGAGUUUAAUUCACCGAUGAAAGAGUCAGUCUCAAGUGGUGCCUCUGAUCUGUUAAACAGUUCCCCAACUACAAGUUUUCCAUGUAAACAUCUCAUGGUUUUGAGACUGGGGGUUAAAUGAGCACCAGAAGAGCCUUAGAGCAGCAGAGUAAUUCCAUGACAGUGACAUUUUUGUGUCAUAGAGACAAUCUGUGAAUAACACAAGAAACAUUUUGCCAUCAUUGUGAUUCUCCACUCUUAUAACCUCUAGAAUUAUUUAUUUCUGCAAUGUAGUGUGUUUGUUAGAGGUGUUUGUUUAUUUGAUUUGAAUUAACGUAUUUGUAUUUGACGGUUGUAUUUUUUCCCCCCCCGCAUAAUUUCAGUUCCAAAUUUAUUUUGAUCAUUGCCAUCCGGGUUAAACAGAUUUAUUUGUUAUGGUUUUGUCUGGAAUUAUUCAAAUUAUAUGUUAAAGUGUUUUUCCUGCUUUUUUUUUUCUUUUUUGUAGAUUUUAAGGUUCAAACUUUCCAUUUCUUAUGAAAGGCUCUUCGUACUCAACCACUGGAUCCACAUAAUUUGUACUUAAUCAAAAUGAUUUUCCAUUUUUAUUGUCAUCACCAGUCAUGAAGCACAUUUUUUAUGGUAAAAAUGUUCUUAAACCGUUGACUCUCCCUAUUGUUUUCCAGUGAACAGAGUAUUAAGAAGGACCUCAUUGUUGGAUUUUUCCUUCUUUUCAUCACAUUAGUUAAUCAACACUGGAACAAUAAAUAAGAGCCAUGACUAAA